UCUUUGAUCAAAAUAACGACGUGAAACACACACAUACUUCUGAACGCACGGUACAGAACUAGAGACAGCGUAGCGUUAACGGUCAGAAGUUUGAAGAUGGCUGCGGAUCUCAGCUGAUAUUGUAGCGAUGUUCAGUUAACUGCUUUGAUUUGAAAAAGUUUGCCCAUGCAAUCGGCUCUUAAUGCUGCUUUUCUCUUGAAGAGGACAUUUAAAUAAACCCUUGCCUGGCACUGCAGUCUCCAAGAAUGGUUUCCUAUCUGAUAUCUCGCUUGGUUGUGUUGGUGUUUGGGACCCUCUAUCCAGCCUAUGCUUCUUACAAAGCAGUCAAGACAAGAAAUGUCAAGGAAUAUGUCAAAUGGAUGAUGUAUUGGAUAGUUUUUGCCCUGUUCACCUUUUUGGAAACAGUGGCAGACAUCUUUGCCUCCAUACUUCCAUUUUAUUACGAGGCGAAGAUUCUCUUCAUUUUCUGGCUGAUUUCACCAUGGACAAAGGGCUCCACGUACCUUUACAGGAAGUUUGUUCACCCAACAUUAAGCAAGCGAGAACAGGAAAUUGACGAGUAUAUAUCCCAGGCUAGCAAUAAGGGCUAUGAAGCACUGAAAAAAGUCAGCAAAGAUGGACUAACGAUUGCUGCUAAUGUUGUUAUGACGUCAGCUAUAAAGGGACAGACCACACUAAUGGACCAGUUAAAGAACUACUCUAAGAAUGUAGCUAAGAACACAAUCCCUGAAGAGGAUGAGGGUGUUGUCCCCCAUGUUGAGCAUGACGGAAGGGAGGGAAGUAAAGAGGAUCAGAACUCAGAUGAGGGAAAAGAGAAGGAAUAUGAACGUCCCCUCAGAGAGAGAUUAGAAUCAGACCCAGACAUGUCCCCAGAUUUAAUGGACAGUCUGCAAAGUCUUGACAACCGGCUGCGGGAAGAACGAGAGACCAUCCACUAUGCAUCACAGAUGGAGGAACAGCAACAGGAGGGAGAUGUUGAGGAAGAGGAGAGACUCGGGCAUCGCAGGAAAAAACCGGAACCUAGCCCCCGGCGGAUGGUGCCAAGAUACUCUGACCGGCAAACCAGGGAGGAAUACGAUAACGAUGCCAACAGUGUGUACCUACCAGAAGGUCAUUAUGCAUUUAGACGAUCCCCUUCACUGCGCUCGCUACAAGAGCAGCCAUAUAUGUCAACAGGAGUUGGAGCCAUGUCGCGCUCACACUAUGCAUCUGCAGACAAUUUAAGCAGAAAACCACCAAGAAGAAAACAGGAGACAGUUCCAAGUUCAGAGAGGUCUCAAGGGCGUUAUGCACUACGCACAACUGGCAUCAAAAUGACCAGUAACAGGAGAAAGAAGAAUACUAAAUCAUCACCACAAAGUUCUGAAAAGGGAAACUCAGGAACUCUUUAAAGUAUAAGCUGCUGAUGCCAACAUUUGGACCACAGACUGAGCAAGAUAGUUAAUUUAAACCACACUGGAAAGUCUACUGGUGAAAAUGUUCAAGUUCUUCAUUAAGUGCUUGUACUGAGAAAUCUCUGCACAGUUACAAACCCGUGGCAGUAAAAACUGUAAGAUAGGUGGCCUGCAGAUUUGCUCGUUUCCUGUGUUGAAGCUAACCUUGGUAAUCACCAUUGUCAAAAUCCUCAAAUGUGCAAAAUGUGCAUGUGACCCAUGUUCUGUGUUUAGACCGGUUUUGAAGUCAACCUGCAAGGCACAAAGUUUGGACUAUAUAUACCUGUAAUAUGAUACGACACAUGUUGGUUGAAAAGAAAAUGUGAAAGGUUGGUGUCUCACUUGCUGUUUGGUAAUUUUUUUUCAAUCACAUAACAAAGUUGUGCAAUGCUACUAUGAGAGGUGUGUUUAUAUGAGGUCACUUAGUUGUACAUCUUGUUGUUAUUGUGGCAUUUGAUAUUCUGCUAAAAUUAUCAGUUACGCCUUCCAUUUUCAGUGAAACAGUUGCUGGUUUUUAUAUGCAGAAAUACUGUUUUUUUUAAAUUAGAAUUCCUGAAAUCUAGGCUUUCAAACUACUUUUCUUGUUCAAUAUUAAAAAAUCAUCUGCAAAAAGGUUUUAAAAUAUUGAAAUCUGUGAAAUAUUAACACAUUGCUUGGAUGCAAAAUUCAAUUAAAAGAUGACACAAUUAGCUUACAAACAGAACUACAGUAAUAUUCUUAUGUCAGUUGAAUAAUAGUGUGUGUAAGUGGAUUUUCGGUAAUGUUAAAUUUAACAUCUUAAAUUUAGUUUCAGUAAUUGGUGAAAUCAGUCAAUGUUUCUUUUCCCCUAUUCUCUAACACUGUCUGUAAAUAUUUUUAUUUUUACUGAAUCGGAAAAUGUUUAAUGAAUUUUUUUUCUUGUAAAUCAAUUCAAAAUAUGACUUUUUUGCAAUAGUAAAAGAAGAGGAAUUUAAGAAAUAAUUUCACAUACAUAUACCCUUUUGAAUUGGUGGUGGAAAAAAGGAAGACACUUCAAGGAAGUGUCUGUACUGUAACUGACACAUGCUGACAUUUGAAAUGCUUAGAAUCAUCAUCAUGAGUUGGCUAUUGUUUAAAAAAAUUCAUAAAAGAUCUUUGACGUGAGGCUGUUACAAAUCCUGCCCAUCACCUCUGUAGUGAACAUUUAACUUCAGAAUUUGGUUAUAAAAUGGUUUCCUCCAGUUGCUCAUUGAAAAUGUUGAUUGUUUUGGUUUAUGUGCCUUUAAAUUAGCUGGUCACCGAAUCUCUGCCUUAUUAGAACUUGCCGUCAUUUGGGGCAUUCUGAACUUAACCUUUUUUUUUUUUUUUUAAAUAAAAUGUAUAGUAUUGUACAUACACUGUAUAAGCAACAGUUGAAUUCCAUUUUUGAGUAAGUUACAUAAACUUUGCACGGUGUUGCUAGACAUUUUGGAACAAUAUGAUUGUUCUGGUAUACUUUUUUUCUGUGGAUAUGUUUUUGAAAGUAGAUGUGAAGUGGUAGUUGUGCUUCAGUGUGUAAGAGGUGGUUGAAGUGUUACAAUGUUACUUGUCUGAAUAAAAAUCACAUUUUCUAAGA